AUGUUGAACAUACACAAAAUAUGGCUAUUCUCUUCGUUGUGUGUUGUUGGUAUUGUAGUUUUAUAUUUCCAGUCGGAAGUAACACGUUUAGAGGACAAUUAUCGCAAACUAGAAUUCAAAUUACUGCAAAGCCAUUCAGAGUCUCGUCAGUUCUUUCCGAAGGCUUUGGAAAGAGAAGACGAUGAUCUAGUAGUUAUAUACAAUAGGGUUCCAAAGACAGGCUCCACCAGCUUUGUUGGUGUAGCAUAUGAUUUGUGCAAAAAGAAUCAUUUUAAAGUCCUACAUAUUAAUAUCACAGCGAACAUGCACGUUUUGUCACUUAGUAACCAGUAUAAGUUUGCUCAAAAUGUGACUAAGUGGCGGGAAAUAAAGCCAGCGUUGUACCAUGGGCAUAUGGCUUUUCUUAAUUUCGAUAGGUUAGGCACAGCAUCAAAGCCAAUAUUUAUAAACCUGAUACGAAAGCCGCUGGAUCGGCUUGUAUCCUACUAUUAUUUUUUGCGCCACGGUGACAACUUUAGGCCACAUCUAGUAAGAAAAAAGCAUGGUGAUAAAAUGACAUUUGACGAGUGUGUGGAGAAAGGACAACCAGAUUGUGACCCUAGUAAUAUGUGGCUGCAGGUGCCAUUUUUUUGUGGCCAUGCAGCCGAGUGCUGGAAACCGGGCAACCAAUGGGCACUAGAUCGAGCAAAACACAACCUAAUAAACCAUUAUCUAUUAGUUGGAGUAACAGAAGAAAUGUUAGACUUCAUAUCAGUCCUAGAGGCUGUCUUGCCGAGACUUUUUAAAGGCGCUACAGAACAUUACUUGAGUAGUAACAAGUCUCACCUGCGACAGACCAGCUCGAAAAUCAAUCCGACACAGGACACAAUAGCCAAGAUUCAAAAGUCUGAUAUAUGGAAAAUGGAGAAUGAGUUAUAUGAAUUUGCUUAUGAACAUUUCAAAUUUGUGAAACGGAAAAUGCUCAUGAAGGAUGUCAACAGUGUACCGCAAAUAUAUUUUUAUGAAAAAGUUAGACCGAAGUGA